CUGACCAAUCAGCUAUCCUAACCUUCCACUCGAUGUCAAAUGGCUAACCCCGGCCAGUCGACCACUAUGGGUCUUGGCGUGGUCAUAGUGGGAUUCGUAAUUUUGCGUCUGGGAAGCGUUAGGACCCAGCAGCGCGACGGCUUCUGCUGCUCCCUUCCCACUGUAUGCUGAUGGUCUGUGGACGUGCGGGCAGAAGCGCUGCUCCGGUGAUGAAGCUGGACGAGGGACGGUCACAGCUCUCGGCUGCAUCACCCGUUUUAGUUGCUGUUGCGUGUUGGUCCAAUCAACGCUGAUGCACAUCAUGUGUGGCUGUGGAGAUUUCUGAGGGGAGCACGUCAGAUCCUGUCAUUUCUGUCUGCCAUUAACACACGGCCUUAGAGCACCAUGGGAGGCGUGGCGGUGGACGUAGACGCUGGAGGGGUGAAGGCUCCAGAUGGCGGGUGGGCCUGGGCAGUGCUGGCCGGCUGUUUUGUCAUCACAGGUUUCUCCUACGCUUUCCCUAAAGCGAUAAGUGUCUUUUUCAAAGAGCUGAUCAGGGAGUUUGGGGUGGGAUACAGCGACACUGCCUGGAUCUCCUCCAUCCUGCUGGCCAUGCUCUACGGCACAGGUCCUCUGUGCAGUGUGCUGGUGAACCGCUUUGGCUGUCGCCCAGUGAUGAUGGUGGGUGGCCUCUUUGCCUCUUUGGGAAUGAUCCUGGCCUCCUUCUCCACUAGCAUCAUCCACAUCUACCUCUGUAUUGGGGUCAUUACAGGUUUGGGCUUAGCCCUGAACUUCCAACCAUCUCUCAUUAUGCUCAACCGCUAUUUCAGUGUGAAGCGUCCUCUGGCCAAUGGGCUAUCAGCCGCUGGAAGCCCUGUGGCCCUGUGCUGCCUCUCACCCCUGGGCCAGUUCCUCCAGGACCAGUACGGCUGGAGGGGGGGUUUCCUCAUCCUGGGUGGCAUUCUGCUCAACUGUUGUGUGUGCGGGGCGCUAAUGAAACCUCUGGUUGCCCCCAAGGCUCUCAAGGUUAAGGACCCAGAACAGGACAACAAAGGAGAAACAGAGAAAAAGAAGAAGCCCAAAGCCAAACUGCUGGACUUCUCUGUGUUCAAAGACUGUGGGUUUCUCAUCUACACUGUGUCGGCGUCCAUCAUGGUGCUGGGGCUGUUUGUUCCUCCGGUGUUUGUCGUGAGCUAUGCUAAAGAGCUGGGGAAUGAGGACACCAAAUCGGCUCUGCUGCUCACUAUCCUGGGCUUCAUUGACAUUUUUGCACGGCCCACAUGUGGUUUGAUUGCCGGACUGAAAUGGGUGCGGCCUCGUUGCGUCUACCUCCUUAGUUUUGCUAUGCUUUUCAAUGGAAUCACUGACCUGGUCGGGUCACAGGCCAAGGACUACGUCUCACUGGUGGUCUUCUGCAUCUUCUUUGGCAUCUCCUACGGCAUGGUGGGUGCCCUGCAGUUUGAGGUUCUCAUGGCAAUAGUUGGUACUGCGAAGUUCUCCAGUGCCAUUGGCCUGGUCCUGCUCAUGGAGGCCAUUGCUGUGCUGGUAGGGCCGCCUGGCGCAGGCCGGCUGCUUGAUGCCACCAAGAACUACAUGUGGGUCUUCCUGCUGGCAGGAUGCGAGGUAGUCCUCUCAGCUCUGGUUCUGGCUACUUGUAACUUCCUGUUUAUCAGCAACAAGUCCUCAGCAUCGGCAGACAAGCUUGACAACAUCGCAGUGACGCACAAUGCCAAUACAGAAUUGUGCAGCAAACCUGCGGAGAUGAGUGACGAAGAGGAGAAGGGAGAAAGAGAGAAGCUAGAGAAGGAGGUAAUAAAGGAGUCAAAGGACGAGGAGGCCAGGCCAGAAAGUGUAACAGUGGAGUCACAGGAAGUGCAAAAGUUCUUAAAAGAGCCACAAAAUGGUGACAUGGCCACCAAUCCUGAAACAAGCCUGUGAGCAGCAUGGGCGUACAUUUCAUCUAACAGUUGCGGGGGACAAAACACAUAAAAUGUAUCAUGAGAAAUUCUUGAAGGGAACACAAACAGUACAGUUAACACUGUACAAUUGUAAAGGAUAUGUGUAGUUGUGGAACUCCAGUAAGUAGGCUGGCAAGACUAUUUUAUUCACUUCAAACAUCAAAUUAAGUGAUUAUUUUCUUUAAUACAGAUGAUGCUGACCUGAGAACUGAGCCUCCUAGCAUGCUAGCUAGAUAACUGGCCAGCUAGCUUCUUUUGUGUAACCAGGGAAAGCAAAUUGGGUGGAAUUAGCAAGGUAGCUAACCAGCUAUCCAACAAGCUAUUAGCACCCUAACAAACAAGCUAGGUAACGUUUUAAUCGCUAACAUAGAGGAUUCAUGGAAAAAUCAUCAUUUUUUUGUCAUGACUACUUUAAAAGAAAUUUAAAUUAGUAUCUGUAUUACAGUAUAGAAUCACUUCAUCCAACGUUUAAAGUGAAUAAAACUGACAUGUCUACGUUAGAGUUACUUGUUCUCUCCCACCCAGCGUUGUCUCUCUUAACAGUAGUGGUGUGCAGAUUGAUCCAAAUAUUGCUAAUAUCUAUACCAAAGUCAAUACCCGUACAAUAAGAUCAAUACUUAAGUUUCAGUUUCUCAACCGUUGUGUUGUCCUCGGGUCAAAUUGACUCAAUUUCCUAUAUCAAUGUUCUUUUUAAUUCCCCAAAAUAACAUGAUUGAUUCCACACAACGCUCUUUGGCAAGUACACAUUUCUACUUAGCAAUAGUAUUGAGUAAAAGUUGACAUAUUCCAGUCUGUGAUUAUCCAUCAACAUACAUUCCUUUCAUUUUAGUCUAAAUAAUUCUUAAUUUCUGCUUUUCUAACUCAAACUUUAGGUAUAUUUUCCUAUAAAUGAGGUUUAUUGACCAUCAAUUUAAAAAAUAACUACAAAACUAAAGUUAAUUAGUUAGUGUUACGUAGUUUUGAAAAAGUCAAAAAAGGGACAAACAGUGAAAAAAGCGUCAAAAGUGUUAAAAAAAAAAGGGACAGAAAUAUAUGAAAAAAGUAAAAAAUAUUGAUAAAAGGCGUUUCAAAUUUUGACGGGAAGACAACACAAGGGUUUAGUGCGAUAUUGGCCCUGUAUUUACUUUGUAUCAGAUCAAUACCAGAUAUUGCAGUAUUGUACACCACUACUUAACAGCGCUGUGCUCCCAGAAAAUGUACUUGUGUGCGGGAACAGACAGUGGACCAAACCACUGU